CACUAAGCGUUUCGCACGUGGAUAGCAUCGAAACAGGGCUGAUGAUUUUCUCUGCACAGACAUCUGGGCUCCUCGAUUCGGAAAGCCGUGCGGGCUUACACAUUGUCUGAAUUACAGAUUACUUAUGUCGCUUCAUCACUGCUGCUGCGGAACUAGCGUAUGAGCAACAACUUAGGAAACAGGUUGUUUUGGUGCCCCUCAUGGUUCCCCUCCUAAGAAAGAAGGUGCAGAGGGGGUUAUUUUGGGUCGGUGACGUGCGUUACUUAUACUGAUGUUCCGUGGCUACAUUGACUAAGCAAACUGUUCGCUAGCUGCCUGCUAGCUUAGAUGUGAACAGAAACAUUUCUCUCGCUUCCUUGUCAAGAUCCAGGUUUCCCUGAUUGUGGGCUCUCGAGGUCUAUGCAGAUGGGCGGUGUUUUUCGCUAGGUCGCCUUCUUUCCUGUAAAAACGCAGCGUCACCAUGGCUGGUCGACAGAGACGGAGGGACUUCGCAUGGCGAGUGGCACUUUUAUUCCUGGCCGUAGUCUUUUUCUCCAAGCCGAGUACUUCUGCCUUGUACUGCUACGCCGCGGAGUACAAAGUGAAAGGAUCGUUUUCUUAUGAAGGCGACUUGUUAGAAGUGAAGUCAACCGAUACGUACAGUGUCACUCUGCAUGUUGGCGACGUGCUGUCUGUCUGGUGCAAAAAUGCGAAGGGCACGUUUCCGAAGACCUUCCCCCCAGACGUGUGCAUGGCCUUCGGAACAAAUUGCAGAGAAAACUGCACUGUCAGCUUGGCGGCACUUCUUGCGAGGAAUUCAGAGGCGAUCUCUGGGGAUACGGUUUCCGGUGAUGCACCGCUCACGAUAACCAUACCACAUCAAAUGAACCUGGCUACGGUAUUCAGCUUCGCCUGCAUUUCCCCGAACAGUGGAUCCCCCAGAGUCCAGUUUGACGUCAGAAUCAAUCCAGGAAACAAGCAUGUGACUAUGUGGGCGGGUACAGACCAAGAUGCCUACAAUGGAGGCUCGAGCCUGUCUAUCCGAAUGCCCUGCGUUGUUGCUGCCCUCAUUUCUAUGAGUUCCAUCUUCGGACAUUAGACGAUGAGAGACAGGCUCUCAAGGACGCCAGCCGCCGGUGGUAACCUUAGUUUGUCGGCUUCCGCGCAUCCUUUUCUUGAAAUUAACCCAAGAUUUGUGAGGUGGAGCAACAUAAGGUCGCCGGCUCAAGAAAUUCGUUCGAAACAA